CUUCUGUCAGACGAGAUAAUUAUCUUACAAUAUAUUCAUAUUUUUAUAUAUUUAUUUUACAUUUUAUCCACGACGUCUGACCGCUGAAGUCUCACCGUGGACCGACUGUACCGGGGGGAAUGUUGAUAGUGUAACACCAGACUUGAGAAGAAGAAGCUGCUCGCAUCUCUUCACUGUUAAUUUGUUUUAGCUGCAUUUUCUGUCACAUUACUUUUAUUUUAUCCACCGUAAAUGAGUCGCGGAGGAGACAGUGACGAUGACAGCAGCGGGAAACGGAGGGUCGCGUAUGUUUACAGCCCGGAGUACAUCGAGACUUGCGACAGUUUAUCCAAAGUGCCAAACCGGGCGAGUAUGGUCCACUCACUGAUAGAAGCAUAUGGACUCCUUAAACACAUGAGCACCGUUAAACCUCAAGUGGCCACCAUAGAGGACAUGGCCAAGUUCCACACAGACUCUUACCUGGAGCAUCUUCACAAGAUCAGCCAGGACGGAGACAACGAUGACCCCCAGUCGGCCGACUAUGGCUUGGGUUAUGACUGUCCAGUGGUGGAGGGGAUAUAUGACUAUGCGGCAGCAGUAGGGGGCGCUACACUGACAGCAGCCCAGUGUCUACUGGAUCAGAAGUGUGAGGUGGCCAUCAACUGGGCAGGAGGGUGGCACCAUGCCAAGAAGGAUGAGGCAUCAGGUUUCUGCUAUGUAAACGACGCCGUGUUGGGAAUCCUCAAACUGAGGGAGAAGUACGAGAGAGUCCUCUAUGUGGACGUUGACCUGCAUCAUGGAGACGGUGUUGAGGACGCCUUCAGCUUCACAUCCAAAGUCAUGACCGUCUCUCUGCACAAGUUCUCCCCUGGAUUCUUCCCAGGUACGGGUGACCUGUGUGACACGGGGCUGGGUAAAGGCCGUUGGUACGCCGUGAACGUCCCACUGGAGGACGGCAUCAAGGAUGACAGAUACUACCAGAUUUUUACCAGUGUGAUGCAGGAAGUGAGGGCGCAGUUCAACCCGGAGGCGUUGGUCAUGCAGCUGGGUGCCGACACCAUGGCGGGCGACCCCAUGUGCUCCUUCAACAUGACCCCAGUGGGGGUGGGCAAGUGUCUGCGACAUGUCUUGGAGUGGCAGCUACCUACACUGCUGCUGGGAGGAGGAGGUUAUAACCUUGCUAAUACGGCUCGCUGUUGGACCUACCUGACGGCAGCAGUGCUGGGAAAGACUCUCUCGUCUGAGAUACCAGACCACGAGUUUUUUACAGAGUACGGACCCGACUACUCGCUGGAGAUCAGCCCAAGCUGUCGACCAGACCGAAACGACACCAAACACCUGGACCAGGUCAUCAGCACCAUCAAAGGUGUGUGUGGGUGUAAUGUGUGGAUGCACAGGGAAUUUAAAGAAUGUGGUUUAGGAGUCGGCAGCCUCCUUCUCCUCCUCCACACACACACACACACACACACACACACACCAUGUUUCCAAACCAGGUCGAUGCUCGGCGGCUUUUAAUGAAGACAAUAUGGAGCAGACCCCUUCAGCCCUGAGGCAUGGAGCGAACGAGGGAGCGAUGAAGGCAGGAAAAAGGAGAGCGAGAGAGAAGGUUUUGGAAAACAUUAGCUGAGUGUUUCCAGGGGAAAACAGUUUAAUAAGGGGGGGGGGGGUGAUGUGGUUGCUGUACAGUGUCCACUGUUUAUAAUCCUUUUGUUUUUUGGAAAAGGUAUUUGUGUUUGUGUGAAUGAGAGUUUGUGGUGAGUUCAGUGUGGGUAUGUAAAACAGAAUUAUUACAAGGGGGGGUUACAGUCAGUGCACACAGAGUUUUUUGGUAUCAAGGGAUGCGUUUGUGUACGUCCUAUCAGUCGGAUAUUUCAAACUAAAUGGAAAAACAGAUAUAUUCAGGUGUCCAGUUUCACGCUCACUGCGGCGCUGCUGUUAUUUUACCCCCCUGAGCAUGGAUAAGCACUAAAACAGACAAAAGGCAAAACAGCGAGGUUCCCCAAACACCUUGUUAUACUUGUAAAAACCCCGAGUUUCUCAGCAGGUCCGGAAAGUCCUGAAAAGAAUUGAGAAACUUGGAAAGUUUACAAAUAAACAGUCAGGAAAAGUUUGGAAAACAGACAGAAGUUGAUUUGCUCAGCCACAUUGUUUUGACCUCUGGGCAAAAGCUGUAAAUUAAACAUCUGGACAGAGUUUGUUAUUGUCUGUCCGUGGAAAAAAAGAACUUUUUAACUUUCCCUGCAUAUUUUCCGUUUAAAAUUCCAAAGAUUUCAUGAACUUUAAGAAGCUUUUAGAAGCAGUCCUAAACUGGUCUGGCGUGACUGGAGAAGAACGUGUAAAUUAACAAACAUGGCUGCUGUUGGAAAAUUGACAGAAGCAGGUUUUCUCACAAGGACUCUUAAGUGUUUGGUCACUGAAACAUCAUGUUUUACUCUGUAUGGUGUUAAACAGCCACUUGCACAACAUUUUGUGAGUCUCACAUAGCCAGACCUAUCUCUAUGGUGCUGUAUUAGCACUAGAUAAAGGUCUGGAAUUACCAAUUAUCUUUCUGCGAUAGGGUAAAAAAAUGCUCUAGCUUGUUUGCAUUUUUUUAAACCAAUCAGAAUAGUGUUGGGCAAUGCUAUGCCCAGGACAGCGAUGGUGCCCUUGCAAAAUAGUGUCAGGGGUGAACUGAACAUUUGCACGUUGGGAUGCGAGCACUGUCAGCAAAAGAAAACACCACAAAAACAUGUAUGUCACUGAUAUGAUUCAGCUUUCAUGUUGAAGAGACGAAGAUAAUUUGAUAAUCGAUGCCCUCGAGGUGAAGCAUGACUACACUUUAGCUCUUGAGGAGCUCGCUGGACCUGUUAAAACCACAGACGAAUUGCUGGCUGUACGUGGCUCUAGCAGAACGUUAUUACGACGACAUCACAAAAGUUUGUGAAAUGGAUCGGUAUAUUAGUGAAGUCGCUCUCACUCGCAUAGGCUGCUGCCAGAGUUAAAAGAUGUGGCAAAUCGACUCCAACUGGUCGUGUAAGAAAACGUAACAACAUCGUACACGAGAGUCCUGCGAGACUGGGCUUUUCCAAGGUGCGUUCACAAAGUGUUUUAUUCUUCCUAGAUCUUUGCAACAGUUCACCGAUGCAACACAGCAGGCAUGCCUUAUUGCACAAUCCAAAUCUAGUUUGAAGUUGCUCGCUCGGAGGUUGUAGUUUCCCAUUGCGAAGUGGGUUUGGAAACAGUAACGCGCAGUUAGGGCAAGGAAUGGCAGUCUACAUCUGAUGAGUCGGACUACUACGCAGUUUAUCACUAAAAAAUUGACUGGAAUCCUAUGAAUCGGCAGGAAAAGCGGGUCUCCAAAAGAAGGAGUCUGCAGUAUACACGGUUACUCUUAAAAAAUAAGCUACUUGAUCUCCACUUCAGUUGCUUUUACAAUGUCCUCAAGAACUUUGCACCCACCAUGUAAAUGUAUAAUUUGUUGUUUUUCUGUGUUGCAUUUUUUUCUGUAUGGUUGUCAAAAAAUUCUAAAAACAUAACUGCAAAGUGCAUCUGAUUAUUCCCACAUCUGUAGAAGUUUGGAAAACAGAAACAUCUUGUUUAAUCCCCCCAGCUGUAGUGUUUCAGAUGUGGCACAUUAGUCACAUCACACAGCUGCACAUCAGACCGAACAGUGAAUCUGAAUCCUCUUAAUAAAGCCGAGGUGCACGUGGGAGUUUGACGCAAGUGGAGGCUCGAUGUUCGCAGCAUCACUGAACUGUUCUUAGAAUUUGGGAUUGAAUUUAUAAUCCGAAAUAUUGCAUUGAUCAGUCCCAGUGUUUAGCGCCAAAUUACUUUUUAAAAGUUCAUUUUUGACCAUAGAAAUAGUGGUUUUACAAAAAUAUAUCUAUCCACUGUGAGAUGUUCAAAAGCUCCAGAAAAGACAAGAAAGGAGACCUUGAGUUUUUUGUCAAACUACUAUAACUGUGGUAACUAAAAACAUUUCCAGGCAUUAUAAAACCAUUAUUAGUUGUUGCUGAAGACUCAAGGUUUCUUUUAUGUCAUUUCUUUUUAUUUUAUCUUGCAGAUGCUCAAAAAUAAGGUUAAACAGCUGCUGACUGAAAGAAAAACACAUUUUAAAUCUUCAAAUCCACUGCAGGUGAACAUGAAAUCUUAUGUAGGAGUAUUUUAGGAUGAAGUUUAUCUAUCAGAUUGUUUGGGACUUGAGAAGAAAGUAAGUUGUUUUUUUUUUAUGUUCAUGCAUUUGUUUCACAGAAUGACUUUUUUAAGAAAUCUGUCGGCAUGUUUUGAUGUACAUACCACGAGCAGUUGUCGAAAUAAAAGACAGGAGAGCAUGUUGUUGUCAUGUGUCUGCGCUGCGUGUUUAAGCAGUGAUUUAUGCAGUGCGGGCUGCUUAAUAGAGGCUUUAAUGGAGAGCGUUUGAAAGAGGAACCACAAAUGUCGAGCAGUUUCCUUUAGAAGUGAUGUUCCCCAAAUUAAUGGCCUGGAAAUUCACACCAAAUGUAGGAGUCACCAGUCGGAGCUGGCAUGUGCUGAACAGAAGUGAAUGUGUUGAGUGUGUGUGUGUGUGUGUGUGUGUGUGUGUGUGUGUGUGUGUGUGUGUGUGUGUGAGAGAGAGAGAGAGGAUUCCCUGUGAUCUUUAUGAACACUGCUGCGGUCACUUCGGCGGUUUGAGCCCAACGUAGCCGAAGCAAAUGAAACUCAUUACACCGUUUACGAGUUCGGAAAAGGAGAGACGAU